GACUUUUGCUGUCUUUGAACUAUCGAUUGGGUCCUGCGUACCUUUAAUUAUUGUACCUUCGACUGUUUAAGUUGCAACCUUUUUCAUUGUUUUGUUGUUACAAUGGAGCUUGGUUCUUUUUUUUCUGUGUCCGGUUAACAUCAUGCGAGAUUCAUUUGUUGCCGGGUUCUUAUGAUGAAGAGGAAGUUUUUGUUUUUCGAGCCUGAAGGCGGAGACGGGCAAAGGGAUAAGACGAUGGGUGGUAUAUGGAAUGUCUUCUGCGGGGAGUCGGAAUGUCGGGACCCCGACGGAGGAGCUUGCUAUCCCGACUUCAUGUCCAUCAUUGUUCCUUCUUCUUGCGCUAAUAACGCGCUGGUCUUCUGCUUCAACAUUCUCAUUUCAGUUGUUUUCCUGCUUGCUAUCAUUACAAAGUCAUCGUCCUCGAAGUAUGUUCAUGCUUCGUCCCGGUACCGAGGAUUCUCGCGGCUUCAAAUAGCUUCUGCAGUUUUCAAUGGCUUUCUAGGAUUAACUUACUUGUGCUUCGGCACUUGGGUCUUAGAGGAGAAGUUAAGAAAGACCCGAACGGCCUUACCCCUCGACCGGUGGCUGGUUGUUCUGCUUCAGGGGAUUGUGUGGUUGCUAGUUAGCUUAGUGGUGAGUCUCCGUAGAAAUCGGUUUUCGAGAACGCCGUUGAGGCUAAUGGCAAUUCUAGCCUUCUUAUUCGCCUCGAUCCUCUGUUUCUUAUCCCUCUCGGCUGCUGUCUUGACCAAAAACCUUUCAGUGAAAAUAGUUCUGGACAUUCUUUCCUUCCCUGGAGCAUUCCUGUUAUUGUUAAGUGCUUACAAGGGGGCCAUUGUCAAUGCGAACGAAAGUGACCUCUAUGCUCCAUUGAAUGGAGAGGCCGGCGUCAUCGAGGAAACAGAUAAGACUGGUGAAGUUACCACAUUUGCGAGGGCGGGACUCUUCAGCAGAAUGACGUUUUGGUGGCUAAAUGGGCUGAUGAGAAGGGGUCGACAGAAGACUCUCGAGGAUGAAGAUAUACCCAAACUACGUGAAGUGGAUCGAGCGGAAUCGUGCUACCAGUCUUUCCUUGAGGAAUGCAACAAGCAGAAGAACGAGAAGCCCUCGGUUUUAUGGACCAUCAUGCUGUGUAACUGGAGAGACAUUCUCAUCUCGGGCUUCUUUGCUCUAUUGAAGAUCCUCACAAUUUCUGCCGGUCCAUUGCUCCUUAAUGCCUUCAUUGAGGUGGCCGAGGGCAAAGAAUGGUUUCCAUAUGAGGGCUACCUAUUGGCGAUCUCUCUCUUCUUCUCAAAGAGCUUGGAGUCUUUGUCCCAAAGGCAAUGGUACUUCAGGAGCAGACUCAUCGGCAUCAAAGUUCGGUCUUUGCUCUCAGCAGCAAUAUACAAGAAGCAGCUGAGGCUUUCUAACUCCGCUCGCUUGGUCCACUCGGGCAGCGAGAUAAUGAAUUAUGUGACAGUUGAUGCUUAUAGGAUCGGAGAGUUCCCUUUCUGGUUCCACCAGACGUGGACUACGAGCCUUCAGCUAUGCAUAGCCCUCAUGAUCCUCUUCCGAGCUGUGGGGCCUGCUACAAUCGCAUCCUUGUUGGUGAUCAUUCUGACAGUUCUCUGCAACACCCCUCUUGCGAAGUUGCAGCACAAGUUCCAGUCAAAGCUCAUGGUGGCUCAGGACGAGCGGCUCAAGGCGAGCUCUGAGGCCCUUGUGAACAUGAAGGUUCUGAAGUUGUACGCAUGGGAGAUUCAUUUUAAGAGCAUGAUUGAGAACUUGAGGAAGAUCGAGGAGAAAUGGUUGUCAGCAGUUCAGCUGAGGAAGGCAUAUAAUAGUUUCCUCUUCUGGUCCUCGCCAGUUUUGGUCUCAGCAGCAACCUUCGGGGCUUGCUACUUCCUUAAAAUCCCUCUCCAUGCAAGCAACGUGUUCACUUUCGUGGCCACUCUUAGGCUCGUUCAGGACCCGAUAAGGUCCAUACCUGAUGUGAUCGGGAUUGUUAUUCAGGCGAACGUUGCAUUCACCCGAAUUGUGAAGUUCCUCGAGGCUCCCGAGCUCCAGAGUGGGAAAGUCCGGAGAAAAAGCAGCCUCAAGCCCGGGGCUCACAUUGUCUCAAUCGAGUCCGCAAACUUCUCAUGGGAAGAGAAUUCUCAGAUUCCAACGAUUAGGAAUAUCAGUUUGAAGGUUAGGCCUGGGGAGAAGGUUGCCAUCUGCGGAGAAGUUGGGUCAGGGAAAUCAACCCUUUUAGCUGCUAUUCUCGGGGAGGUCCCCAAUACCCGAGGAACUAUUGAGGUGCAUGGGAGGAUUGCUUAUGUUUCUCAAACUGCGUGGAUCCAAACGGGAUCAAUACAGGAGAACAUCCUGUUCGGGUCUCCAAUGGACAGUCAGAGAUACCGACAUACUCUUGAGAGCUGCUCCCUGGUAAAAGACCUCGAUUUGCUUCCUUAUGGAGAUCACACUGAAAUAGGAGAAAGAGGGGUGAAUCUCAGCGGCGGGCAGAAGCAGAGGAUUCAGCUUGCCCGUGCUCUUUAUCAAGAUGCCGAUAUAUAUCUCCUGGAUGAUCCAUUCAGUGCAGUUGAUGCACAUACAGCAUCAAGCCUUUUUAAGGAUUAUGUCAUGGGAGCACUCUCAGAUAAGACAGUCUUUCUGGUGACUCAUCAAGUCGACUUCCUGCCAACUUUCGAUUCUGUCCUGCUGAUGUCGGAUGGGAAAAUCUUGCAAGCGGCCCCUUUUGAUCAUCUCCUUGCCUCGAGCACGGAGUUUCAGGAACUUGUGCAUGCCCACGAGGAGACUGCGGGAUCUGAAAGACUAGCCGAGGUCACUUCUUCUGCAAAGCAAGAAAAACCGACCAAAGAGAUCAAGAAGUCCUUUACCGAGAAACAGCAACCGAAGAAACCAUCAAAAGGCGAUGGCCAGUUAAUCAAGCAAGAAGAACGAGAGACAGGGGACACCGGCUUUAAGCCUUACCUUCAGUACCUCAAUCAAAACAAAGGCUACCUUUUCUUCACCACAGCAAGCCUCGGUCACCUCAUGUUCGUUAUUGGCCAGAUACUACAGAACUCGUGGAUGGCUGCAAAUGUCGAGAACCCUCAAGUCAGCACAUUGAAAUUGAUUGUGGUUUACCUCUCGAUUGGUGUCACAUCAACUCUGUUCCUGAUGUGCCGGUCCUUGUCAACGGUCAUUCUUGGGCUUCAGUCAUCAAGAUCGCUGUUCUCUCAGCUACUUGACUCCCUUUUCCGUGCCCCGAUGUCCUUUUAUGACUCCACACCUCUUGGGAGAAUCCUCAGUCGGGUCGCCUCUGAUCUUAGUAUCGUCGAUCUCGAUGUCCCAUUUGCUUUGAUUUUCGCCGUUGGGGCGACGACAAACACUUAUUCGAAUCUCUUAGUACUCGCUGUCAUCACAUGGCAAGUCCUCUUUGUAUCCAUCCCAAUGGUUUAUUUCGCGAUUCGCUUGCAGAAAUACUAUUUUUCAUCGGCAAAGGAGUUCAUGCGCAUAAAUGGCACAACCAAGUCGUUUGUAGCAAACCAUCUGGCAGAAUCUGUGGCUGGAGCCAUGACGAUACGAGCCUUCGAAGAGGAGGAUCGCUUCUUCGCGAAGAACCUCGAGCUCAUUGACAGAAAUGCUAGUCCGUUCUUCCACAGCUUUGCUGCCAACGAGUGGUUGAUUCAACGGCUAGAAUUUCUCAGUGCUAUGGUUCUUGCCUCCGCGGCCCUCUCCAUGGUUUUGCUCCCUCCUGGAACUUUCAGCUCUGGUUUCAUCGGAAUGGCAUUGUCUUAUGGACUUUCGUUGAACAUGUCACUUGUCAUGUCGAUUCAAAACCAAUGCACUCUCGCCAAUUACAUCAUAUCCGUGGAGAGGCUUAAUCAGUAUAUGCAUAUACCAAGUGAGGCCCCUCUUGUGAUAGAGGAGAACCGACCACCGUCCGACUGGCCUGCUGUUGGAAAAGUCGAGAUCCAGGACUUGCAGAUAAGGUAUAGACCCGAUACACCACUUGUUCUUCAAGGGAUCAGCUGCACGUUCCUAGGAGGGCAUAAGAUUGGAAUUGUGGGUCGAACCGGAAGCGGGAAGUCUACACUCAUCGGGGCUCUUUUCCGCCUUGUGGAGCCUGCAGGAGGGAAAAUAAUAGUGGAUGGUGUAGAUAUCUGCAAGAUUGGGCUCCACGAUCUGAGGUCACGGUUUGGGAUCAUUCCUCAGGACCCCACUCUUUUUAACGGGACUGUAAGGUACAACUUGGAUCCGCUGUCCCAGCACAGUGACGAUGAAAUAUGGGAGGUUCUUGGGAAGUGCCAACUCCGGGAGGCCGUUCAGGAGAAGCUCAAGGGGCUCGACUCCAUGGUCGUGGAAGAUGGAUCAAACUGGAGCAUGGGGCAGAGGCAACUAUUUUGUCUGGGCAGGGCACUCCUAAGGCGGAGUCGGGUCCUCGUGCUUGAUGAAGCUACUGCGUCCAUCGACAAUGCAACUGACUUGAUCUUACAGAAGACCAUCAGGACAGAAUUUGCAGACUGUACGGUGAUAACAGUAGCCCACAGAAUCCCUACUGUGAUGGACUGCACCAUGGUCCUUGCUAUCAGUGACGGUAAACUCGUGGAGUACGAUGAGCCGAUGAAGUUGAUGAAGAACGAGAACUCAUUGUUCGGUCAACUAGUGAAGGAGUACUGGUCGCACUCUCACUCAGCAGAGCAUUAAUUCUUGGAUUUAUUUUGUCCCUCGGGCUCUUGUAUCUCGUUUUGGGGUACUUGUAUAGUAGCUGUAACGAGUCCGUUAGGUUGCUGCGGCGAGAUUUAGGAGAACCAGAAACCUUAAUCAAUAGUUCUGUGUAGUGUUAUAUUAAGUCAGUUUUGCUCCAUAUCAAUUAUUAAUGGGGCCCUUGAAUGAUGAACAGGCAAAGGUCCUUCCAGAGUAAAAUUUGUAUUUCAUCUUCUA